UAAUACUUCCAGGUUAAAAGUCAGUUAAAAGUCUCUUAAACAUGGCUGCUCCCUUGGAGUUGUUCUGUUGGAAAGGCGACUAUGGAUUACCUUCAGUAGACGUCGACUGUUUAGCCGUACUGGCCUAUGCCAAAUUUGCUGGUGCUCCUAUCAAAGUUCACAAAAUCACCAACCCAUGGAGAAGCCCUACAGGUUCUCUACCUGCUCUGAAGACGAGGGAGGAAGGAAGCAUCUCCCAACCCAGUAAAAUCAUCAUUCAUCUCCGGAAACAGAAGUACAACGCAGACUAUGAUUUAUCAGCGAAGGAGGGUGCAGAUACACUUGCCUUUGUCUCUCUACUGGAAGAAAAACUGCUACCUGCACUGGUCUACACGCUGUGGAUAGACUCUAAAAACUAUGUGGAUGUUACACGGUGUUGGUAUGCAGAAAACAUCCCCUUCCCUCUCAACUUCCUGCUGCCCAACCGCAUGCACAGCCAGCAGCUGGAGAAGCUGAGACUGGUGAGGGGAGACCCAGUGCUGGAGCCUGGAGAACAGCUGGAGAAAGAGCUUUAUCGUGAUGCAUUUGAAUGUAUGACUCUCCUGUCACAGAGACUGGGAUCACAGAAAUUCUUCUUUGGAGACUCUCCCUCGUCUCUGGAUGCCUAUGUGUUUGCACACCUAGCUCCUCUGUUGAAGAUCAAGCUGCCAAAUGGAAAACUCCAGCAGCACCUGAACUCACUGAACAACUUGGAGCAGUUCUGCAGCAACAUCUUACUGCUCUACUUCCCCUCUGAUCAACGAGAGGCUCCAGCUCGCAAGAUUCAUGUUCAGUCUGACAGCAGUGACUUCGACAAUGAGCCCCACAUGCGUCGCAACCAGAUUCUGUCUGUUCUGUUUGCUGUGGGGGCAAUGCUGGGUUACGCUGUCCUCACCGGGAUUAUAACCAUCAAACGAGAACGGCCACAGCUGAAGAAUUCCAGCCAUGAAGAUGGGGAUGAAGAAGAUGAGGACUAAAUAAAGAAGGAAAACGGAGAACCCAGAGAAAACCCACAUGAACACGGGGAGAACAUGCAAACUCCACACAGAAAUGCCAACUGACCCAGCAGAGGCUCAAACCAGUGAACUUCUUGCUGUGAGGUGUUCGUGCUACCCACUGCGCCACUGUGACGCCCAUACACAUUUAUCAUUAUUAUUAUUUAUUUGUUUUUUUUUUUUUUCACUCAUGAUAUUUGGUGAAAUAGCCCUAAAUUUCAAUCACACAAAAUGAAUUUAAUAUGCUGACUAAUUGUGAUUUUUCGAAUGUAAAAGAAAAUCUCUGAAGAAAAACAUUUUAAUUUAUCAUUGAGAAUGUUUUCAGACUUUUAUAGAAUAAAACAAAUAUUAACAUUAUACUCUAACACAUAACUAAUAAAUCCAAAGAAGCUGAAACUUUUCAAGUGACUUCAUGUCUUUCUCAUAGCUGAAUAUAAAUACAUCAUCAUGGAAACAGACUGUUAACAGAAAUCAUAAAGGCCUGUCAACAUUAACAGCUGCGCUGUAGCAUUUCACCACUUUUCGACUUUAUAUUCAACUCUAAAUAUUGAAAUAAUUUGGUGCAGUGACCUGAUAUGCCUUCCUGCAGACUAAACAGACUGUCAAGCUAUUAUCAUUUCCAAGAUAACGUGCAGAGUAAAUUUGUCUUCUUAUCUUAAACCAACCAUCUAGGAGCUCUUUGACCACUCAAGACCAAGAGAUUUGUAAAUCAAACCGUUUUUAGAGUUCUCCAGAGAAUGAAAACUUUAUUAUUUCAUGCUAAACAUUGCAGUUAAACUGGAGUCUGUGGCCAUUAUACAACCCUUUACCUUCCCAAUCUCUCAGUGGAAACUUGAGGCCCAGUGGAGUCAUCCAUUUAGUCGCUCAUAUGGGUUGAGCCUUCUCAAGAUGUGCAACAGUGUAAUUAUGACAGAAUUACACAUUUACUGACUGAGCUGUUUGCAGGUUUAUAUAUAAUAAUAAUUAUUAAAAAAUCUAUGUUAAUGUA